CUCUCUCAAAACAAAGGACACAAUCCACCAGUAUCAAUUUUGCUUAAUGAUGGAGUUGCAGAAUCUCCUCAGCCUUCCCCUUAUAAUUUCUUCCUCAUAGCUAAAUCAUUUGCCUUAUUUCCUCUCUCUCUCUCUCUCUCUCUCUAUGCCAGACCGACAGUCAUGAGUUUUUGUACUUUUUCACCAGAAAAGCUUCAUAACAAUGCCAAAAGGGAGAGAGGCUUGAACAUGGGAAGCAGAUUGGUUCCUUUCUUGUUCACUUCUCUAGCCAUAGCCACCCUUUUCAGCUUUUUCCUUAUCUAUUCUCCAAACCCUUUGCUAACCAUAGCCAAACAAGGCCUUAAUUCUAUUCAAAUCCAGCCAAACCUUCAUGCAGUACAAGAACAAGACCACCAAGACCACCAAGACCUUGAUCACAAUAACAUAAAGCUCCAACCACCUACAAAGAAGGAGGAGGAGAAAUGCGACUUGUAUAAGGGUCACUGGGUUCCAGAAUUAAGAGGGCCAAUGUACACCAAUUCAAGCUGUGCCACAAUUCCAGAAUCAAAGAAUUGUUUCAAAAAUGGCAGAAGGGACAGUGAUUUUCUUAAUUGGAGAUGGAAGCCAGACAAAUGUGAGCUUCCUCUGUUCGAUCCCAACACCUUUUUGGAAAUCGUGAGAGGAAAGAAAAUGGCAUUUAUCGGAGACUCUGUGGCUCGCAACCAUGUGGAGUCUCUUCUCUGCCUCUUGUCACAGGAAGAAUCCCCAAAAGACGUUUACAAGGAUUCUGAAGACAGGUUCAGGACAUGGUAUUUUCCUCAACAUGACUUCACCCUCAUGAAAUUGUGGUCCAAAUAUCUUAUAGCUGCAGAUGAGAGGAUGGUUAAUGGUACAGGGUCCGGCACCUUUGAUUUGCAUCUUGACCGGCUCGACGAUCAAUGGGCGCGGCACCUCCCCGAUCUAGACUACGCCAUCGUCUCAGGCGGGCAUUGGUUUUUCCGGUUAAUGUACUUACACGAAAGUGGUAACCUCACCGGAUGCGUCUAUUGCAAUCAACCUAAUGUCACUGACUACAACAUUAGCCACGCCGUUCGGAUGGCGUUUCGAACAGUUUUCAAGCACAUCAAGGAUUGCAAGAACUGCAGAGGUGGUCUCAUGGCCUUGCUGAGGACAUUUGCUCCUGCACACUUCGAGAAUGGGGCUUGGAACACCGGGGGGUACUGUAACAGAACAAGUCCUUUCAGUGAGGCGCAGAUUGAUUUGGGCACUUUCGACUGGGAAAUGAGGAACAUUCAGAUUGAGGAGUUUGAAAGAGGAAGAAGAGAGGGGGAGAUGAAGGGGAAGAAGUUUGGGGUUUUGGAUAUAACCAGGGCCAUGCUGAUGAGGGCAGAUGGGCACCCUGGAGCUCACUGGGGCAAUCAGUGGAUGAAGGGCUAUAAUGACUGCGUCCAUUGGUGCAUGCCAGGCCCUGUUGAUUACUGGAACCAUUUUCUAAUGGCGAUUAUCAGAAACGAGGGAGGCUUAGCUUCUUAGUUAAGGGUAGAGCUUAGUUAGAAGUAGUAACAUACAAAUUCAUAUCUUAAUAAUGCCCACAUUUUUGUUUCCUUUUCAUUUUAUUGUAUUUUUUUUUGUUACAAGCAAGGGCGUAUAAUAAUUUUAGCUCCAGAUGCGAGAUUUCUACCAUCGAUUUAUCAGU